UCAUGGACAGUUUUCACUCAAAUUGCUAUGAUGAUAAUAUCAUUUGUAAUAAAGUAAAACUGCAUAAAAGCUGAAGCUUGUAAUUUCUGUGACACCAAACGGAAUUGCAAAAAUAAACAUUGUUUUUAAAAACCACUUUUAAACACCCAUGGAAAGAUAGAUGGGUCAUUGAAAACAAACAGGAAUUUUUAUAGUGCUUACAGUGUUUAAAGUAUGAAGGAUUUAUAGUUGUUUCUGCAUUUUCAUCUGGGAUAGAAGAAAGUGUUUUUUAGACCGAAAACUUCAGCUUUAAAAUAGAAAAAUGCAAAAUAGAAGCAAGUGGACACAGGCUUUUGAACGCAACUGUAAAGCGGCUUAUAUUCUCCGCCUUGUCCACAUCAUUUCUUCAGAUCUGAUGAUUAGUAUGUGUGUGUAAGUAAUGAUGACACUCUGACUCACUGGCCUGAGUCACGGCUCCCUCAUCACAUGACCACACACAAAUAAAUGUACGCCACACCCAUAUAUGCUUGAUCCAUGGACAUUAGUAUGGAGUUGGUCAUCCCUAUGCUGCUGCAACAGCUUUCAUUCUCCCACUAGAUGUUGGAGCAUGGCGGCUUUGGGCUCAGUUACUGAUGUAACUUGAGCCAGAUCAAUGAAUCUAUUUGUGGACAAUGGAUCUACUUGAUCUACAAAAAAUUGGGUGAACAGAUUAGGACUAAUGUCUGACAGAAGGAUCAGAGAGUGACCACUAGAUGGGGCUUCCUUGUUUGUGAUGGCAUGAUCUCUGUGUGUGUGUGUGUGUGAGAGAGAGAGAGAGAGAGAUGGAGUGAGUGUGGGAUGGAGAGAGAGGACCGUCUCCAGAUGGACUGCAGCAGAAUGUGAAAUGUCUCUUUUUGUCUCUCUCUAUCAUACUGGACACUUUACUGCCACUUUUUGCCUGGACGAGCUGACUGUUUUGAGCUGACCUUCAGCUCUGGUCCUAAUUGUGAUUGUGAGAAGAGGAAGAGUGAGUUUUGAUGAGUAAACGGAAGUGGACGGAUAUCAGGAAGACCAGAUACAGUCCAGUAAAGGCUGCAGAUCAGUGCCUGACGACCUCACGCCCGAGGAGCAAAAAGAGCUGGAGAACAUCCGGCGACGAAAGCAAGAACUGCUUGAUGACAUUCAGCGUCUAAAAGAUGAGAUAGCAGAAGUGACCAGUGAGAUUGAGAACCUGGGUUCCACAGAGGAGAGGAAAAAUAUGCAGAGGAACAAACAAGUGGCAAUGGGCCGCAAGAAAUUCAACAUGGACCCCAAAAAGGGGAUCCAGUUCCUUAUUGAAAAUGACCUUCUGAAGAAUACCAGGGAAGACAUUGCACGGUUCCUCUACAAGGGUGAAGGUCUUAACAAGACUGCCAUAGGAGAUUACCUUGGAGAGAGGGAUGACUUCAACAUCCAGGUCCUUCAUGCGUUUGUGGAGCUGCAUGAGUUCACAGAUCUGAACCUGGUCCAGGCCCUCAGACAGUUUCUCUGGAGCUUUAGACUUCCUGGUGAGGCACAAAAGAUCGACAGAAUGAUGGAGGCAUUUGCUCAGCGCUACUGCCAGUGCAACCCUGGAGUCUUUCAGUCCACAGACACCUGCUACAUCCUGUCUUUUGCCAUCAUCAUGUUGAACACCAGCCUUCACAACCCAAACGUUAAAGACAAGCCCACAGUGGAGCGAUUCAUCUCUAUGAACAGAGGCAUUAAUGACGGAGGAGACCUGCCAGAAGACCUGCUCAGGAACUUGUAUGAUAGCAUCAAGAAUGAGCCCUUCAAAAUCCCUGAGGAUGACGGCAAUGACUUAACGCAUACUUUCUUCAAUCCAGACAGAGAGGGUUGGCUGCUCAAACUGGGAGGAGGACGUGUCAAAACCUGGAAAAGACGGUGGUUCAUUCUCACUGAUAACUGCCUUUACUACUUUGAGUACACUACUGACAAAGAACCACGAGGCAUCAUCCCACUGGAGAACCUCAGCAUCCGUGAAGUAGAGGACAAGAAACCGAACUGCUUUGAACUCUUCAUCCCUGACAAUAAAGAUCAGGUGAUCAAGGCCUGCAAGACAGAGGCAGACGGACGGGUCGUUGAAGGCAACCACACCUUCUACCGCAUCUCUGCUCCAACCACAGAAGAGAAAGACGAAUGGAUGAACAGCAUUAAGGCGGCCAUCAGUCGAGAUCCCUUCUAUGAGAUGUUGGCUGCUAGAAAGAAGAAAGUGUCAUCUAUGAAGAGACACUAGAUCUGCUCAGGACGCUGGUGUUACAGAUUCAGGGCUGUGUGGAGCUGCUCCCCCUGCUGGAGAAGACAGAGCUAUGCAGAGAGUCAAACACAAACUUACUGCACAAAGAAACCAGAGAAAAUCAUUAAUCGGAUCAGUGAGAUCAAGCCUCACAAAGCUAGUCUCCGCCCCUGUCUUUUUAAAUUCCUUCUCGCUCGGCUCAAGUGUGUGCACGUGUGUGUUUGAAGGAAGUCAGUGGGCUUUUUCCUUUCUGCUGCUUCCUUGAAACCCCAAAGAAUACAUUUUCCACAUGCUUAACCAAAAUGCACUCUUUCUCUUUUGCUCUCUUGCUCUUUUUUUUUGUCUCUAUCUCUUGUCUUUUGCACAUGUGCACACUUGCAUUAUCUGAAAUCAGCAGGUCUGACAGAAUGUGGAAAAAAAGGCGGGAAAAGUUCCUACUUGCAUCGGAAAAGGAAGAUUUCCUUUUGAGCUUUGAUUUGUACAGGCAUUAAGUGUAUUUUUACAUUUCUACUGUGCACAAGUGGCUUAGUCCUCAGAAGUUUGUGUAUUUAACUGGUGACUUUUUUUUGUUGGUUUUUUUGCCAAAGAGACUACUACAAUUUGCAACAGAAAAACAGUAAAUGAAACUUUUGUCGGGAGGGUGGAAAAUCACUUUCAAUGUUAGCCUGUUUUCUCCUGAAAGUAAACAGAUCCGUGGGCAUUUACGAUUAUUUUGUAGGCAGAUGUCAAUGCAUUUCUAAAUGUGACAUGCAUAUAACGUGUCCUAAAUGUUUGUUAAAGCUGCAGUGGUUUGAAUGUUAAUAGCUUGGAUUGCAGUGUGCCAUUAUGCAGCCGUUCUGCACAUUUAAAGCAAGGCUGUUUGGCGGCCAGCUAAAGAUUAUGGGUAGCAUCAUUACCAGGAUAUCUUACAUUGGUACUACCUUUCCAGGGCUCAACAAUAAGGAUUGUUGGUUGGCCUGGGGCCAGUGUGAGGGAGUUUGGGGCUAGUGCUAAACAACUUAAACAUUGUUGUUGUUAAUUCUGCCCAAUGGUAAAUUCACCCAGCUCGCCAACACUGAUUAGUGAUAGUCUUACACCUGUUGCGCACUGUACCUUUCUGACACAUCUAAAAAUAUGUUGUUAAAAACAUUUAUCAUUUUUUGUGAUGGGGCCAGUGAAAAUGUUGGCAAGGAAAGUACAAUUCCAGGCCAGCAGAAAAAAAAUCCUUAUUGUUGAGUUUUACUCUCAAACAGACAGUACUGUAAUUUACAGACAGAAAUGUUAUUCUUACUUGGGGUCAGUCAAUACAAAAGUAUUUGUGUGUUGACCUCCAAAUAAAAUGCUUUUAAAAUGAAUAAAUAUUUUUAACAACAGUUACAGUAAAAGUUUUAAUACUGACUGAUGGUGAAAUCGCAGGUUAAUUUGAGCUUUUAUGUCAAUAACUACGUUUCCAUCCAAGGGUUUUUUGCGACAAAUAGUGUAGCGCAUACCGAUAUUGCUGAUGGAAUGCAAAUUAUCGCUAAAAUUUCACAAGUGUCGGCAUAAUAUUUUUCCGUUUAACUCUAGCGCAUGAACUCUGUUGAUACUUCAAAUGUCACGAAAAACUGGUUUGUAAACACUUUUUGUCGAGAAAAUUGGCUUUAACGCAAAAAUGUAGUGUCACAUGACAGAAUUGACCCCAGUCAUUGGACUCUGUUAAUCAUGACGACAAGGUAUACAUCCUUGAAAGCCAGUUUAUUGUACAUGCAGCAUUACUCGCACUGUUAUGGAUUGGUCUUAAUGGCAUACCUGCACAGAUCCGACGCUGCAAACACAUCUGUGUCAUGACACUUCCAGGAGUGCCAACGGAAAUAUCUCGUAUCAUGCACCUGUUAUCGACAAGUGCAAGGAGAACAAAUGAAAGGCCACUCUUUGUGAUUUAUUUAAUCGCGGUAGACAUCCGUUUAUUCAUUAGUUGCUUUUCCACACGAUUCAAAAUAAUAGACGGCAGUCAUGGAAUUAGCCCACAAUACAAAAAAACAUAUCAUUUCUGUGCACAAAGUUGUUUUAAAUUAAAAAUAAAUACACAAUACUAGGAGAAAUACUUCAGUGUGCUUUUUUGAAACACUAACAUAUAGCCCAAUUCUAUCAAAUUAUUGUUUAUACUUUUGAAAAAAAUGCCAGCAAAAUUCCCUGUAUUAAAUGUAAUAAAUUACCAAAUGAAUAAAUUAUUAAAUUAAAUGAAUUACCAAAUGAAAAAAAUAAUAUUGUUAGGUCUAUAUAGUUUCCUUUACACAAACUUAAAUUAGCCUUAUCCUGUCCUGUAGACGAAAAAAGUCGGCUAAAUAACAUUCUCAGAAUGUUCUACACUUUUUUCCAAGACUAUAAACUAUCAGAACUAUUUGUCCAAUGCUGAGUUCACUUUCAGAAAAUGAGCUUUUGAACAUUUUAAAACUUUUAAUUAUUUUAAAUCUAACCCUCUUUACCUCAGAUCACAUUUGCUGAGCUUCUUCAGAAAAUGUAAAUUGCAUUAUGAUGCUAAAAUUAAUUUGAGAUGACAAUCAAGUUCAGUUGGUCAUUAAAAGUUGCUGUUCAAAUAUGCGGGACAUAAUGCAGUUGUGAUGGCGAUGCUUUAGAUUAGAUGAUUGUUCAAAAUAGCCUAUUGAAUAUCAGGAAUGUAUCAUAUAUGUAAACCCUGACAUUACACCGCAUCAGUUUUUCUUUAAUAGCUGUGCACACAGCAUAUACACAUCGAUGGAUGGUCCUUAUACUAAGAAUGAAAGUUUCCUCACUACUUGGUGCAAGUUGCCAGCUUGAACAGGGCCAUGACGAUUUGCUUUCGGGUCAGAACUGGUGGCAACCUGUGAUAUAGGCAACAUCAGGACCAAUAUUACAGUCCUGUCAGAAGGGCAACUGUUCCCUUUUGAUUGCAAUUCCUCCUCCUGAUUGCAUUUAUUUGAGAAAUUAAAAUGACAGUAAGCUGGCUAAUUUCAAUUAAUUGUCUCAAUACACUCCCCAUUUUACCAAAACUUUUGGGGUAAUAAAAAAUGAGGGACAUCUGGGAGGCAAAAGGUACACAAUUAGCGGUAUACACACAUUUCUGUAUGGAAACGCCUUAAGGGCAGAUUUAUUUUGCGAUAAACCAAAACUUAUGUGACAGUGUUUUUUUUUUUUUUUUUUAAGCAUGAUGUCAUCACGCACACCAUUUUUAUUGAUAAAAGGCCAAUUGAAUGGAAACAGGCAGAAGACGGCAAAUUUCCCAAAAAAGUUUUAUGCAUUUUCACUGUCGAUAACAAAAUGUGGAGUAAAAAGUAGAUGGAAACUAGGUUAAUGGCAGUUAAAUAAUUACAACAUGCACUCCAGUGCCUGCUCUCAUAUUUUCCACUCAAUCCUCAAGUCUUUAAUUUCUCUGGUUUCCAUCUGUCUAGCAGUUAUUUUUAAAGCAAAAUAUCCAAUCUUAAUCAGUAUUGGUUUAAUUUAUCAAAGAUGUACAUACUUUAUUAUAUAGAGAAUUUUGGUUUCCAUUUUAUAAAUGUGUGUAUGUAGCAGUAUUGUAAUAGUUGAGUGCCAUUUUAUUUUCUUAAAUUUUUCUUUUUUUGUUGGAGGUCGAUACCAUUGCAAUGGUAGCCAGACUACACUGAAAUAAAGAUGAUAUA